AUGUUUAUCGUUACGAAAGAAAUCGACAGCGAGAACAUUAGUAAAUUAUGCCGCACGUGUCUAAGAGAGGACGGGGAUAAAAUGGUUUGCUUGUUCGUGGGACCGGCUGGCUCCUCUCUCGCUGCUAAAUUACGAUCUCUGUCCUGUCUCGAAGUUUGGCAAGGCGAUGGUCUUCCAGAGAAAAUGUGCGACCGUUGCGUUACCAGAGCGGAAUCUGCUCUGUUGUACAGAGAACAGUGUCGUGCUGCUGACAGAGCGUUGAGACAAGCCGUUUUAAAGGUUUCCGGUCUGACGUCGUACACCACGGUAGCCGGUUGUAAAUUGUACCAGCAAAAUCAAGGUUUCGUACCUGUCCAGAAUUCCCAUAAAACCUUGAAGUGUAUAGAAUGCGGAGCUGUAUUCGCCAACUAUCAGGAGCUCUGUGCUCACAGCAGAUUACAUUUACCUUUCGUUCAAGACGACAUACCCGUCCAGCAUAUGCACAUAGUAGAAUCUCAGAAUCCCUACUUUAAUCUUAAUUUCAGCCACCUCCCCUCCAAUCUGACCAACGAAAGCAUUCAACAGACGCAACUGCCGCCUUUCGUUAGGUCUAACGUAAUGCAAACGAUUCCGACGAACGGGGAAAAUCCUAGUCGCGCGGCGUGCGCUCUACACUGUUCUCUCUGCAACCUAACCUUUACCAAUAGAACGCAGCUGAUAAGUCACAGUAUUACGCACAGCGCGGAGAACGUAGAUAUUUGCGAGGAUUCCAAUCAAAUCCCGCAAAAUUUUAGAUACGAGCGAUCCAUUAACUCCGUCGGAAAUUCCAUUCGAAAUUUAUCUUAUCAGAGGUCUACCACGAACGAUAAUAACGAAAUGCAAAGCUUAGGUUUUCCCGAGAACAUGGAUUUAGGCGAGGAGGGUAGCCCUGAACGCGUACAGAGUACGGCGAUACACGGCUCCGAAACUUACAAUCUACCUAUGGAAGAACGUAUGGAGAAUAGAGAGAGCAUCGACGGAUACAGAUCCUGUACUUCGAAUCUGAAUUACAGCAAAGACGAACCGAUCGACGGCGAACAUUCGGAACAGUCGAGGAAGUACAAAUGCGAACUCUGCCCGAAAUUCUUCUCUCAGAAGUCGAAAUUGCUGACGCAUCGGUUGCGGCAUUCCGGGCAACAACCUUUCAAAUGCUCCAGCUGCGAAAAAGCCUACUCGUCGAAGAGCAAACUGAACGCGCACAUGCGAUUACACACCAAGACGAACGUGCACUCGUGUAAAAUCUGCGAGAAAAUAUUCGCCUAUCCUUCCUAUCUGCGGGAGCACUUGAAAACGCACAAACAACGCACGAACAACGAGAGCGGCAACGAGGCGAGAACCGAGGAGGGUAAAGGUUUCGAGUGUACCACGUGCAAGAAAAGGUUCCGCCUGUUGAAGAACCUUCGAGCUCACGAAAGACUUCACACCGGAAAAGGUUUGGUACGGUGCGAGAUAUGCGACAAAACUUUCAAUCAGACUUACAACUUGAAGAUUCAUUUGCUAACUCACAAAGCGACCAGGCCGCACAAGUGCGAAUAUUGUAACAAGUGUUUCGUCCAGAAGGGUAACCUCGCGGAACAUUUGAGAAUUCACACGAAGAUAAAGCCGUUCGAAUGUAAAACAUGCGGCAGACGAUUCUCGCAAUCGAGCCACUUGAAGAAUCACGAGGCGUCCCACGCGACGAUCAGGCGACAUCAGUGUCGAUUGUGCGGGAAACGAUUCAAAUUGGCGAAUCAUUUGAAGAGACAUUUAAUUUUGCACAACGGUGCAAAAUCGUACAAAUGCCAUCAAUGCGAUCAAUUGUUCUCGCAGACGUUCAGCCUGACAAGGCAUUUGAAGAGGCACGAGUCGCACUCGUAAUUACCAAAUAUGUACAUACUUUCUUU